CCCACGACGAGGGCACCAGCUUCCACAAAGGUAAACAACAACAAAUCUUGCUCAAGCAUACCCAAACCUCUCUUUCCCUUCUUCCUCACCUCAAAGAAGCUGGGUCAAAACAUCAUCAACCUCUGUCGUCAAGGGAAAUCCAUCCUUCGAGUAAGUUUGAGAUACAUCUAUCUCCGUCAACAAGUCUUUGCCAUUCUGACGAUACAUUCCCGAGCAGCAGAACUUCUACUGGCGAUUGCUCGAGUCUUUUCGACUAUUUGUGCCAGAUAUUCUUCUAGCCCUCCCUCGUCUGUGUCCACCAUCGACUUACCGAGCUUCCCGACUCUGAAGAUCGAUCAAGCCGACACUCUAGCCGCUAGAGCCCAUCCUCUAAGUCAAAUUUGA